AUGGACAAAGAUUGCGACAUGGUAUAUAAGAACAUCUCUGACAUAUAUAAAUCUGGGGAGUUUAAGACAUACGACAACUUUGUUUCAUUAGUUGCUGAAUGUGUUUGGGAAAUAAGAGAUAAAGAUAGAAGAGGUAAGGUAUGGCAUGAACAGUUAAAACCAGCAGCUUUUGAGUUAAAGAAAACCAUUGACGCCUUAGUUGUUCUAGCAGGUCAAAUUUCAAUGUAUAACGCAAAAAUGAAUCCGCAAUGUUCAAAAUGUAAAGCAGCAAUGAGGAAAUAUAACUACUCUGUCAAAGAGAUAGAACGUAUGAGAAACGACUAUGCUGACUUAAAGAAAGAAGUAGAGAAACCAGCAGAAGAUAAAAUGGAUAUGUUGACAUUUCUGAACAAAAACUAUCCAACUGCUGACGAUUUCCUAUUAUCUGAUGUCAAGAAGAAAUAUAAAGAAACCUUCGGCAUAGUUAAAAUUUUUGAUAUCCUUCGUGAAGAAAUAGAAGCUACAAAACUGUUUAAAGUCAUGAACCAUCGCAACAUAUACCAUGUAAAACGCUUGUAA